AUGUCCGAAUCAUUACCAUCCGAUUCUCAACUGGACCCUAGGCCAGCGCAACCCUUGGCCAGAGUUGAGACGGUAGAAACUCUCCGCAAUGUCGGCAUCACAGAAACCCCUCCACCAUUGGAUCCCAACUAUCCCGACGUUGGACGACAAGAUAAUCCUAUGUUUCCCGAAGAAUACGUUAUCGAAACGAGCACCGGCCUUGUUCCACAAGCGACAUUAGAACAAAUGCGACCCCGAGCCUCUUCCUCAACCACGCAAAUACUCAACUAUCAAGACAUUCUCAUCGAAAAGGGUUCAAAAGGACCAACUGAAUUCGUUACAUUUACUAUUGACGACGCUGGAAACCCCUACAACUGGUCCCACGCUUAUCGUUGGUACAUUACACUUGUUGCAUCCGCCCUGGUAGUGUGCAUCGCCUUUGGCUCGUCAAUCGUCACUGGUGGUCUGGGCCUGAUCGAGGAGAAAUAUAAUGUUUCAUUAGAGGUGGCGAUUUUGACAUGUUCCAUUAUGGUUUGCGGCUUCGCGGUUGGACCGUUACUCUGGUCUCCUCUUUCCGAGAUCAUUGGCCGCCGACCGGUUUACAUCAUCUCGCUGAGUCUCUAUGUCAUCUUCAAUAUUCCGUGUGCGCUAUCGCCGAAUAUCGGAGGCUUAUUGGUUUCCCGAUGUUUAUGUGGUGUCUUUUCUAGUUCUGGCCUUUCUCUGGCUGGCGGAACUAUCGCCGACAUCUGGAACAUCGAGGACCGUGGCAUGGCCAUCGCUUAUUUCGCCGCUGCUCCCUACUGCGGUCCUGUUCUUGGACCAAUCGUCACUGGUUGGGUCAAUGUCAGCACUCAUCGACUGGAUCUGUUCUUCUGGAUCAACAUGGCCUUCUCGGGCGUUAUGCUGAUUGUGGUCGGCCUCAUCCCGGAAACUUACGCACCAGUCAUCCUCAAAAGACGAGCUGCUAAGCUGCGGAAAGAAACGGGCAAUCCGAACAUCAUCACCGAGCAGGAGACCAAGAAACUCUCCCUGGGCGACAUUGCUCGUACAAAGCUGAUCCGUCCAAUCACCAUGAUUAUGACGGAGCCCGUUCUCGACCUUAUGUGCCUGUACAUCGUGCUGAUCUACUCCAUGCUUUACGCAUUCUUCUUCGCCUACCCCGUUAUCUUCAGCAAACUGUACGGCUACAACGACGGCCAGAUUGGCUUGAUGUUCAUCCCAAUUUUGAUCGGCGCCGCAUUUUCGCUUAUGAUUACCCCGGUAAUCGAGAAGCAGUUCAAACGCAUCUGCGCCUCCCGGGCUUCCACUCCAGAGGAUCGACUGAUCGCAGCUCUGUGGGGAGCACCAUUCAUCCCGAUUGCAUUCUUCCUCCUCGGCGCUACCUCCUUCAAGCACAUCAUCUGGGUGGGACCUGCUUCGUCGGGUAUUGCUUUUGGCUUCGGAAUGGUUCUCUGCUACUACUCUGUCAACAACUACAUCAUUGAUUCGUACCAAAAAUACGCUGCCUCGGCUUUGGCCUCAAAAGUGUUUCUGCGAUCUGGAGGUGGCGCUGCCUUCCCGCUGUUCACCACACAAAUGUACAAUCGCCUUGGACUGCAGUGGGCUUCAUGGCUUCUUGCCUUCAUUGGUGUGGGCAUGAUCUUCAUUCCCUAUGUCUUCUAUCUCUUUGGAGCAAAGCUCAGGGCUAAGCUGAGUCACGAUUGA